CAAACAAUUUUUUGAAAAUUAUUUAGACUAUUUGAAAUUUUUAAGAUGCGUGCUAUUAAAGAUGUUUAUGGCCAUUUAACAUCUAAAUCCUCAUAUACAUAUCCUGAACCUUCUUCAGUAUUAAUUUCUAUGUCAUCAAUAGAAUCAUCCGCUAUUGAAAAUAUAGAAAGACAAUCAAGAAAUACAUCUCAAGGACAGAAUGAAAGCACAGGAAGUAUUUCAAGGCCGGAUUCUCCUAUUCGUCUUUUAUUUCAUCCAGGAGCAGAAGUAAAUACAAGAAUUAAAGAUCAAAACAUAGGUUAUAGUUUAAAUUUUGGAUAUGAAAGAGUUAUUAUAAAAGGAGAUAAUGAUUAUCAAAGAUGGUUAAAAGAUUAUGCAAAAAAAGACAUGUUUACAGACUGGGUUGAAACUACAUUUGGAAAAUUUGUAGGAAGAUAAUUUUCCAAUGAAAAUAUCUAUAUUUAUUUUUUUUUUACAAAAU